AUGGGGGACCAGGAAGGUCAGUUUGAUACCAAGUUACAUGAAGCUGUGAGGUAUGGGGAUAUUGCGGAGGUCAAGGUUGCCUUACAACAGGGCUAUGACCCCAAUCUUAUUGGACUCUAUCAGUGGAAUACGCUACAUGAAGCAUCGCAUAAUGGAGAAACAGAAAUCCUACAGCUGCUUUUACAGAAAAAGGGAGACCCGAAUAAGGCUGACUACCUUCAAUCUCGCACUGCCAUGCACUAUGCAUCGGAGAAAGGUCAUGUAACCUGCCUGCAGAUGCUGUUGGAGGCUGGCGGUCGUUACGACAUAAAGGAUGCAGACGGAAAAGAUAGUUUGGACCUCGCCACGCCAACAUGUAGAAAAAUACUGGAAAAAUUAAAGAUGAAAGAUCUCAUGCUCAAUACUGACAAGGAUGCUGAUGACACAAGUAUGGUAAUCUCUGACGAGGGCAUAGCCAGCGACCGCACGUCUCUUGUCUCUAGUAGGAGAUCUUCCAUCGAGUCCUUCAAAGACAAGGGUCCCGGUCUAGGGUACCUGCACAUGAGUGUGGAAUACCACUCCACAAAGUCCACGCUGAAACUCCGCAUCUGGCAGCUUACGGACCUCCUUCUGCCACCCUCUAAUACUUCGAUGAUUCAUUCAAUAUAUGUCAAGAGUUACCUUCAACCUGAUAAAAAGAAAGACUCAAAGCGGAAAACAGAGGAGGUCAAAGUUGACCAAAGUGAAGGUCAUAUCCACUGGCGACGCAAAAAGGUCGUUGCUAUACAACACGUCUUUACCCCGUCCACAUUCAAAUUUAGUCGGCCACUGGAAUAUGCAGGAAUUACAGCAGAGCACAUUAAAGAAAGAAACUUACAGAUAGAGGUGUGCAUAACGCAGAGAUACUCGCAUAGGAGCUUUCUGAUUGGAAUGGUGCGCAUGUCUCUUAGAUCUGCUGUGAAAAAAGUUGUGAAAGAGAAGUUGUCUCUUAUUCCCUGUAUGAAUCACACGAUUCCAGCAAAUAUGAAAGUGUACAGUGCCUCUCAGCUGGACAUUUCAAGUGACAAUACAAUGCCUGGUGGUGAAAUAUUUUUCAGUAAUCCCAAUGUUAGAAUUGUGCUUCCAGAGGACGCAGAUAAUGCAAGUGAUAAAGCAGCUAGUAACCCCGAUCUUCAGCGUAGAAAUGAUAGUGUUUUGUCACCCUCAACAGAGGUUGACAUGAGCAGCCAUUACAGAUUUGUGUCUCAAGUGCCAAAGUUGGACCUUAGCAACAUGGCGCUUGAUGAAAGUGGGUACUCAAGUGAGAUACAUGUGUCUUUGCAAAGUGGACUUGAGAGUCCAGACUCAAACAGUUCAAGCAGCAAUUUCUCCAGUACUGUGAACAUUGCUGAAUUGUACGAAUCAAAGAAGACUAAACCUGUGCAUGUUUUAGAGGGAAUAAAAGAGGAUAAAUCACAUCACCUUGAUGGUUACAGUGACAAAAAGGAUAAAGUUGAUUCUGCCAUUGAAAUAACUGAUAUUGAAGAUGAAUCUAUAGAAUUAGUAACCAUGGUUUCAGACGGUACAACGACUUUUUCUAGAUCAAAACAAGAGAGUUCUGAAGAAGAAACACCACUUGAAAUAAAAGUGGAAUCAAAGGCUUCUUUAAAAUCAAGCAAACAUCAAAAACAAACAAACUUUGACCUGUUUAAAAAGAAACCACAAAAGACAGACACAUUGUCAGGUAAUGAUUCCAGUGAUGUGGAACCAAUAGGAAUUAAAAUUGUUUCAAAUGCUCAGCUAAAAAUUAUUAAAGACAUAUCAAAACCUAAGCAAAGACUUUCAGGUAUGACAACUGAUGUUAGUGCUAAUAAUGUUGAACCUGUUGAAAUUAAAAUUGAAGCAAAUACUCUUCUUGAUAAAUCAGCAGACACUAAAAGAAAGCAAAGACAAUUGGGAAAGAAAUCAGGUGAUACUGAUACUGAACCAAUUGAAAUUAAAAUUGAACCAAAUUCACCAAUAGAAGUGAGCGAUGGAAAGGCAAAAAGAAAUCGUAGGAAACUUGGAAAAAAAUGUGAUGAAAGUUCUGAUGCUAAACCUUUGACAAUUACAAUUGAAUCUAAUUCCAAACAGGAUGCAAGUAUUGAGAUAUCUAAAGUAAAAUACAAAAAGUCUAAUGAAAAGUCUGAUGACAAUUCUGCUGAAUCAAGGUCAAGAUCAGAAUCCCCACAGUGGGACUUCUAUGACAUUCCUUCAGAAGUUGUUGUUAAUUCAACGGAAACAACUGCCAGUCCCUGGAAGGAGGGAGCAGCCCCUGUUAUUCUCCCGAUGGAAACUACUAUGGGAAUUCCAAAUACCAAAGAAUUUCGAUUCUCAUUUUCUAGGAACGAACAUCCAGAAAGUGGAUCUAAAAAGAACAAGAAUUCUCCUAAACCUGGUCAUGCUGUUCCAGUUGUACCUAGCAUUAUUGUUACUAAGCCCUCGUUUAAGGGAAAGCAAGGUGAAUCACGUAAUCUUGUUGAAGACUUUUCUGUAAAUAUUCCUGAAUCAUUGUCAAAGCAAAACCAAUCAAAUACCAUAACAAGGUCUGAAUCAGCAGAAAUGUUAGAAGGAAAUAUAAGAGAGACCAAGCAGAAAGAUGUUGAUGUUAAAAAGGAAGAAAAGAUGGGACUGAAGAAACUUGAUAGAAAAGCAUUUGUCAAUGUUGGUAAAGCAAUAAGUAAAAAGCCAGAGGUCCUUAAAUCACAAUUAAUAAAAAAUGAUACGGAACAGAUGGCAGACAGUGAUUCGAAAGUGUCCAUGUUUAAAUCUAGGUUAAGGAAGUUACGAAUUGGAAAAGAAUCCAAGUAUAGUGAAUCAAAAGUAAUUGUUGAUAAAGCUGUUCCUAGUUUGUCUGCAAACACAGGGGCUGAAAUAGGAUUGACAGGAGUUAAAGUAGAAAGGAGUGAAGGAAAUGUUAAAUCAAAGACGAGCCAUGUGACAAGAAGAGCCGAGAGGACUGCUUCAUCUGUUUUCAUAGACAUGGAGAGGCUUUCAUUGCAGUCUUCAGGGGCACAUGUCAUUGAGUUAAUUGAAGAGGACAUUAGCAUUACAGAACUUGACGACAAUGAUCCACUGUUUACUGACAGGUCAGAAGCUACAACAUUCCAGCAUUUUACCGAUAUCGAAAGCGGGUUUGGCGAUUACAAACUACCACAGUGCAAGUCGCCGACGCAAUACAUGGUCCCUAUGCAGGUAUAUGAUGCUGAUGAUACAAGUUGUGAUGAGUCCAUGUCGUGUGAUUAUGUCAAUCAUUUAAAUGAACCUGUUACUGAGUUAUAAAUAACGCUUACAAGCUAUUCCGUAUCUUGAAAAAAAAAUACAUUUAUAUUUUUGUUCCCAUAACCUGCCUAUUGCUUUCAUUACAUUUAAGUGUUGUUGCGAGGGAAUUACUGCUUAAAAUUCAUGAUUAGAAGGUUUCAGAAUCUAUCUAACAGUGUAUAUGAAAAAAAUGUAAUUCAGGAUAAUUUGUAUGCAAUUUACAUGUACAGGGUGCAUCAUUUACAUAUUAAUGCCUCAUUAAUGCUAUUAACAAUAAGCUUUUAUAGCAACAAAUUACAACUUCUAAGCCUUCAGAAAAUUCAGUUUGACUAAAACACUUUUCAUUAAACUAUAAGAUACUGAAACUUAGCACAAAUUCAAUGAAGUUACGAGGUAGGGUUUGAUUUGCGAAAUGUAAUAUUUGAAAUAUAAUGAACUGUUAAAAAUAUAUUUAUUGUUAUCAUGUUUUUUGUUAAUGAAUAUGAAUGAAUAUUGUUUAGUUAUUAUGGAUGAUGUGUUUAGGCCAAUUUUGCAAUUUUAAGAACAUAUACUUCUCCGUUGAUCGGAAAUGUAGGGCCUUAAAUUAAUUGUUGAUUUUAGCACGCGUUUGCAAUAUUAUAUUUGCAUUUAUUGAAUUUCUUGAAAGAGAUGGUAGUUACUAUCUCAUCGAAUAUUCUUAGCCUUAGAAUUGACUCUUUUUUUAUAUUUCACUUGUAAAUAAUGGACACUCACCUGAUAUUUGUUUCAUGUGACAUUUUAGAUACCCACUUACUGUUAACAUAAUAGUACUAGUAAUGCACUAGUUUUCAUUAUGAUUAUCGGUAAGUUUGAUAGGAAAAAACAUGUUUAGAAAUACAUGUAUGCAAAUGAUAGAUAAGAAUUUUUUUUGCCUGACAUACUUUUUAAAAAUAUAUUCUCAAAAUAUACACAAUCAAUUAAUCAAUUAAUAAUAAGAUAAUUCAAUUAAUUAAAUGAUUAAAGGAAGUCUUUAUAACGGAUUCUUUAGACUUGAAUAUUUUGACUUACUAAUAAUGUAUUUAGAAUUACGCAUUAAAAUGAUAUUUUGUUAUUCAAUGUCGAUUAUGUUGAAAGAUUCUAAAUGGAAAGUACAUGUCGUUUAUUGAAUGUGUGCAUACUUUAUAAAGAUGCAUUUAUAUUGUGCUGAUAAACUGUUUUAAGCAAGCCAGAAAGGUUUAUCUGCUUUGUUUUUUACAUAGGCUGUUGGUAUGUUCUGGCUUUCAGCGCAUGAUAUUCAAUUUUAAACUGGUAGAAUACAAUAUUUUUAAACUCGUUAAAACUUGUAAGGUUAAGUUUUAAACCCCUAGAAUAACAAAAUACGGUCAGCCAAAUAUUGAAAUAUUUUGGUAAAAGAAGCUUUAAAAUUAGUGCCAAUUUUCUGUUAUCAUUGUAAAAUAUCCAAUAGUUGACACAAUGAGGUAGGCUUCUAUCAAUAAGGGAAGGAAUUUUAUCAUUUCGGUCAGUCUACUUAAAAUGGCAAUUACCGUUUCAAUACAAUUGAACUGUUUCGUGCUAGUAUUAGAGGGUACUAUAUCUGGUUUAGAGAUUUUUUUUUUUUACUUUCAAUACUUUGUCUUUCUGAAGGGGUAUUUAUACCUAUAUAGUAAGCAUUCCCAAAAUAGUUGUUUAAUUAUGUUUUCACAGUCAGGCAGUACAUUGUGCAUUUGUUUUAUAUUCACUAAGUGUUCGUACCAGAUUCAAUUUCAUAUUUGUAGUGAAUGUAGUCAGGAAAGAGUUUAAGAAAUUUUGAAGGUUAAGGGCGAGUAAAUAUUGUAUGAUUUUGGUUUGUAUAAUUUAUAAAUUUUUAUAAAUCAUUCCUAAAAUUUAUAUUUGACUGUUUUUUUUUUUACCACAGUACUUUUUAAAAUUAUCUAUAGCAAAGAAUGACAUUUGAGUAAUGUUAUGGAUGAAUCAAUAAUAUUUUGUGACCACUUAAGAGAUGUUUUAGGUUAAAUAUGAAAAAAUAUAAACACAAGAUAUGCAGCUAUUGUUUUGGUGCCUAAGAUUAAAAUUUUAUGUAGUAUUCAGUUUAAAGUGUAGAAAAAAACAAAGUCUUCAUUUUUGUUAUUAUUGAUGUCGUAUAUACAUAUUUUUUUCGUUUGGGGUCAGUCCUCCAUUUCAAUUUAUCAGAGCUUUUUCUUAUCAUUUUGGGAAGAUGACCUAUAUGCAUGAAAUUUUAGGGUCAAUUUACAAACAAUAAUUGUUUGGUAUGUAAAUUUCAAGCAAUUUGUGAUUAAAGUUACUUAAAACAGUAAAUUCCAAACAAAAAAUCAAAAUAAUGGAUAUUGCAUAUUCACAAAUCUUUAUUUCAAGACAUUUAAUCUUGAUUACUAUACAUAAAAAAGUAAAACAAUAAAUACCCCCCCCCCCCAAGGCCCUGUAUAUAAACUUCCAUUUUCUCUUUUUCACAGAAAAGAAAGACAGUAGCCAUGAAACAUUAUUGAUGCAUAGGGACCAAAAUGGUAAUACAUAUUACGAAAAAAUAAUGUGCUGAUUUGAUGUUGUAAUAACUGUAUUCACUGGUGUUAUAACUGUAGCUGAAUUGCCAUUAAUUUUGCAUGUGCCUUAUAAUAAACCAGGAUGUGUUCUUAAAGGGACCUGUCCACAGUUUGAUAAAAUGACCAAAACAAAAAUGUUUCAGAAUUGUAAAUUUUUGUUUUAGCUAUGCUUUUUUGCAUUUACAUUUUCCAUGCUCACAAAUAUCCAUUAUAUGUUUUUUGAAAAUCUGAAAAUUAUCAAGCGUUACAAACACAAAAAGAUUGAAUAAUUUAGAGAGUUAUAUAAAUUGCUUAUAUAAUUUAUAAAAUAAAGCGUUAACUAAAGCAUCACAGAUGACAGAGUGGUUUAAGCGCUAGACUUUUACUCCAAGGGUCAGUGGUUUGAGCCUUAAUUGGUCCGGAUUACUUUCUUUUCUUUCUGGAAGUUUAUUCUUGUUAUAUAUCGGAGCUCGUUUAAUAGUUCCAGUGUUUACAUGUAUCAAUUUAAAGCAUUUAAUGACAAACUUCAAAACAUACCAAAAUCUGUGAACAAUUCCCUUUAACCAUUUGCCAUAUGUGUAAAAUUUACUUUUGCAGAGUUUUUUAAGAUUUAAUACACAUUUCUAGACAAAUUACGCAACUUUAAUUGGGUUAUAUUGACAGGCAAGCUUAACCAGCAUACUGUUUUCGGCCAAGUCUUUGUCUCUAAAAAAUUGAAUCUAGUUUUGGGAGGAAACUUCAUACUUCUGUAUACAGUUUAAUUAUAUAGAUGUAGAUGUCAUUUAGGUUUGCAUUCAAGGUCAAUGUCAUAAUUGGUAAAAUUAGAAAUGAUUGCAUGGUUUUCACAGAGCUUUUAUACCUUUACUUGAAUGACAAGAGUUUAUUACCCAGUAUUUACUUAUAUGAAGUGGUUGUCAUGAAAUAUUGCAUUUAUACCUUUAUGGUGUUUGUAUCGUGUCCACUUUUCAUGUUGAAGUAUCCUUGUUUUUUGUUGUUUUGUAAACAGCAUGCAUUGACAGAUCAAUCUUGAGUCAUCUUGUUAUUAUUUCACAUUUCCAUCAUAUGUACAAUAUUCAAAUUUUACUUGACUCUAUUUGUAUAAUAAGAAAUAUAUUCAAAUUCUUCAUUUUUCUAAUUUUUAAAUUAAGUAUCGUUAUUUUGGGUUCACUAGCAUUUCUGCAGUUGGCAUAUUAAGCUUUGCCUUGAAAUAAACUGCAAUAGAAACAAAUAGCAGUUCAAAGAGGUUUUUUACUGCUUAGUAAAAAAGCAGUUAACAUUUCACACUUCAUUUAAAAUAAGAUCUAUUAAACUUCUGACCUUUUACUGUACUGUGCCAUCAUUUAUAAUUUAAAUAUUCAAUGUAAAAGCUUGAUUUGGUUGUUUCAAGUUCAAUGAUUAUGUUUUUUUUUUUGGGGGGGGGGGGCAUUUAUUUGAGUGUUAACACUAU